GUUGCUAUAAAAUGAUCUGUUGAAAAAAAAAUUACAUAUUCAUAUAAAAGUAGUUACUUUUUGGAAUGAUCAAUAGAGUAGAUGGAGUAUUCUUUGACCAUCCCCUUUCUACCUGGUACUCUACGGAUUUCCGUUUGAGCAUGUUCGAUACGAAAACCGGACUCAGGCUAUCUUGCUUUUACUUUUGGUAUUUUCAACAAUGACUACCAUUACAAGAGAACAUGCAAUAUGUAUACUUUACCAUGAAGAUUGUAGUAAAAAUAAAGUUAACGAAUUACCUGAUUUAACUGAAGAAAUAAAUCUUGAAAUUUUUUAUAAAGAUGAUCCUUACAAGCCAUUCCUACUAUAUAUCUUUCUUAUUUAAAGAUAAUUGAAGCUAUUGAAUAAAGCAAUCAAAUCAAAUGCUUUAGUCAGUCAAGUUCAACUCAUAAAUUUUUUGGAUGCUGUAUUUUUACCAGUAAAUCCAAACAAUGAAGAAGCUUAUACAUGCAAAAACUUAAGCAUGAAUAAUAUUUUA